AUGACAUCCAUUGCGGAGGGGCUUUUCAAAUCCCUGCCGAAGCCGAAAUACACCGGCGAGGAUGAGGAGUUGCCGCAACACGCGCAGCCCCGUGGUCCACGGGUCGUGGGCCCCGAGCAGAUUGACGAGUCUCAAAUUGUGUUAAGGAAAACCGGCCCUCCCCCCUAUGGCAACCGUACCGGCUGGCGCCCUCGGGCCGCCGAAGACUUUGGCGACGGCGGCGCGUUCCCCGAGAUCCUGGUCGCCCAAUAUCCGCUCGACAUGGGACGUAAGGGCACCUCGUCGACCUCGAACGCGCUCACCGUGCAGGUCGACGCCGAAGGCAAGGUCAAGUACGACGCGAUCGCCCGCCGCGGCCACGGCGACAACCGCAUCGUGCACGCCUCCUUCAAAGAUCUGAUCCCGCUGCGCCAGCGGGUCGACAUGGGCGAGAUCUCGCUGGACCGGCCGUCGGAGGAGGACGUGGCGGCGCAGAUGGAGAAGACGAAGAACGCCCUGGCCAGUCUGGUGGACGGGGCCGUGGCGUCGCAGAAGCCCAAGAACGUCAAGGGUGGGCAGCGCGCCGAGCCUACGUUUGUGCGUUACACGCCCGCCAACCAGAUGGGCAACACCGAUCGGAAGAAUGAUCGCAUCAUGAAGAUCGUCGACAGACAGCAUGAUCCCAUGGAGCCGCCCAAGUUCAAGCAUAAGAAGAUCCCCCGCGGUCCGCCCUCGCCGCCGCCGCCGGUCAUGCAUUCGCCGCCCCGGAAACUCACCGCCGAGGACCAGGAGGCCUGGAAGAUCCCGCCGCCCGUGUCGAACUGGAAGAAUCCCAAGGGUUACACGGUGCCGCUGGAUAAGCGUCUGGCUGCCGACGGUCGCGGGCUCCAGGAUGUGUCGAUUAACGACAAGUUCGCCCAGUUUGCCGAGGCCCUGUUCACAGCGGACCGACAUGCCCGUGAGGAGGUCCGACUACGUGCGCAGAUGCAGCAGAAGCUAGCGGAGAAGGAGAAGGCGCAGAAGGAGGAUCAUCUGCGGGCGCUGGCCCAGAAGGCGCGUGCCGAGCGCGCCGGCAGCAGUCGUCAGGACUCGCGGGCCGUGUCUCGCUCGCGUUCUCGCUCUCGCAGCGGCAGUCGCAGUCCGGCGUAUUCCUCGCGGUCGGGAUCGCCCAGCGAGGACGAGAGUGCUGCCCGGGCGCGGGAGCAGGCGCGUCGCGAGCGCCGACAGGAUGCCGAGCGACAGCUGCGCCAGUCACGUAUGGGCACGGAGCGUCGCAUCCAGACGAUGGCGCGGGAGCAGAACCGGGAUAUCUCCGAGAAGGUGGCGCUGGGAUUGGCCAAGCCGACGCAGUCCUCGGAGACCAUGUACGACUCGCGUCUGUUUAACCAGACGAGCGGCAUGGACACGGGAUUCAACGAGGACAACCCCUACGACAAGCCUCUGUUUGCGGCGCAGGACGCCAUCAACAGCAUCUACCGACCGCGGGCCCAGGUGGACGCCGACGACGACGAGGGCGGCGAGGGCGAAAUGAGCAAGAUCCAGAAGUCGAGUCGAUUCGAGGUGCUUGGAAAGGCGAAGGAGGGAUUCCGAGGAGCGGCCGAUGCCGAGGAACGUCAGGGCCCCGUCCAAUUCGAAAAAGACACCACCGACCCGUUCGGCAUCGACAGCAUGAUCGCCGACGUUACGGCCGGCGCUGGCCAGAAGCGCUACGGCAUUCAGGAGACCGAAGACCGGGGAUCGAAACGCGCCCGAGUGGACGACGAUUAA